AUGUUAUCAACUCUUGCUCUGGUACAGAUCCCUGAAGAGGAGUUGGACCCAUUUAAUGUUCUUGGAGUGGAUAUUCAUGCCACUGAAUCAGAACUCAAGAGAGCUUAUAGACAGCUGGCAGUACAGGUUCAUCCAGACAAAAACAAGCACCCAGGUGCUGGCGAGGCCUUCAAGGUGUUAAGAGCAGCAUGGGACAUCGUCAGUAACCCAGAGACUCGGCGAGAGUAUGAAUUGAAGCGUAUGGCAGCUACGGAGCUUUCAAAGUCCAUGAAUGAGUUUCUGACCAAACUGCAGGAUGACCUGAAAGAAGCCAUAAACACAAUGAUGUGCACUAAAUGUGAGGGCAAGCACAAGCGCUUCGAGAUGGAGCGCGAGCCUGGUGAGGCCCGAUUCUGUGCUGAAUGUAGUAAAUGGCACAGCGCCGAGGAGGGAGACCUGUGGGCUGAAUCCAGUAUGCUGGGACUGCGCAUCACAUACUUCGCCUUCAUGGAUGGCAAAGUCUUUGACAUCACUGAGUGGGCAGGCUGUCAGCAUAUAAGCAUUUCUCCAGACACACAUCGCGUGCCAUAUCACAUCUCUUUUGGCUCUAAAGGUAGCAGCGGAACCAGUGGAACCAGCCGCCACAGAUCCGCCCCAGAUCACGCAGCAGGUGGAGGCUCACCUGCAGACCUGCAGGACUUCUUCAACCGCUUCUUCCAGGGUGGAGCUCCCAGUGACAUGUCUGCUAAUGGAGGCAUCUUCCCAACAGGAAACCCGCCGCCUCAUUCCUCCGGAGCAGCUGCAGGGACUUCAACAACGUUUUCAGGAUCUUCUCCACAAACGGGGUUCUUUAGCCCAGGGGCCCAACGGGGCGACCCCAGCGAACACUGGACUGACGGAGGAAAGCCCCCACGCCGACGCAAGAAAGUUCGCAAGCCAUUCCAGUGCUGAGGAAUGCAAUGUUUUGCAGAGAAGUAGCGCCGUCUGUUGCCAUGUUUUGACAUGAUAUUGGCCAGCUAGUGCAACAAAACGAGGACACAAUCUUUUGACCUCUGUUGAGCAUUUCAGUGUUGGCGCUUUGAAGCUUCCUGAUACAGAAUGAAAUGGCAACAUCAAAUUUCGUAGAGGGGCAAGCAAAGAUGGAUGCAAGAAGAAGAUCUUUGCUGUUUCAUGUUUGAAGUCCUUUGUUUUUAUCUCUCUUUUUUUUUUACACAAAUUAACCUACAUUCAAGCAUUUGAAAUAACGUUCUUUCAAGAAACAGAAGGACUCACAGAAGGACUCAUGAGUCAUGAGUAGAUUUUCUGGUGUAUCUGAAAAAUAGUUGACCCAACUUUAAAAAUUGUUACUAUUUACCCACCUGCAUGUUGUUCCAAACAUUUAUGCCUUUUAUUUUUGCUUAUCACAGCUUUUUUUCAUUACAAAGGAAGUAUAGAAAUUUCCCAACAUCAUAAAAGUAGACCAUGUGACUUGUAGUUUUCAAGUCUUUUGAAGACCUCAGAUAGCUUUGUGCGACAACCAAAGACCCAAAUUUAGCAAUUCACUCAUUAUGUUUUUAGCUAUUAAAUUUGGCCGAGGUUUGAUGUGAUGGAUACAUGAUAUGCGAUGGUGUUCAGUAUCCUGAGCUUCAGUGGAGGGCAGCAUUAGCAGUGGAUAAAAAGUUUUUUUUUUUUUAGAUUGACAGAUGUGGUUAUUAUGAACCGCAUGAGAUUCUUAAAUUUUACCAGAAGAAAAAACAGCAGAGUUUGAAACGACAUGAGGGUAAUAAUGGCAUUUUUAUUUUUGGGUGAAGUUUAAAAAUGUUUCUGGUUUUGUCAGGCUUGAAAUGGUGAAUCUGAUGGAAAAUCUUCAUGAUGUGGCUGAAUGUUUUGUACCACGUAAGGAUUAAUGUAGAAGUCACACGCAGACCUCAGGGAUGACUCUUUCUUCAUCUGCUACUAGUGAGAGAACGGGAAAAGGACGUAUGUUCCUGGGAUUAUCGUAUAGAGCUCAUGCAAUCCAGAGCAAGCAUUUUACCAGUUACUCAAGCAGUUCAUAAUAAAACCAGAUUUUUUUCUU